CUGCCGCCGCUCCCGCCCGCCUUCCACGACCUGUACGCCUCCACCGUCCGCACCGCGCCCCGCGACGACCCGGCCCUACACCAGGGCCGCACCCGCCAGAUCCCCCACGUCCCCGGCCUCUGGCCCAGCCACGUCUACGUCGAGUGGCGGCCCGCGCCGCCCGUCCACGCCCUCCUCUGCGAGCUGCUCGCCGCCCUGCAGCAGCAGCAGCAGCAGCAGCAGCAGGUGGAGCUGCAACUGCCGCAGGACAGCGACGUCGGGGUGCCGCAGCCGCUGCACGUCAGCCUGUCGCGGCCGCUCGCCCUCUCGACGGAGCAGAAGGCUCAAUUCCUGAGCGAACUCGAAGCCGCGCUGGCGGGUGGCGGUGGCGGCGGCGGCGGGGGGCAGGGAGGAGGGGGAGGCAGAAGAAGAAGGGUGACGUCGUUUUCGCUGAGGUGCAGCAGGGUCGAGUGGCACCGGACGGCCGAGAGCGGGCGGUCCUUCCUGGUUCUGCGGGAGGAGGAGGGGGAGGAGGGAAACGUAAACCCGGAGCUGACGGAGCUGCUGCGGCGGUGCAACGAGGUGGCGGAGAGGCAUGGCCAGCCGGCGCUGUACCGGUGGGCCGAGGAGGGGGCCGUGGACGAGGCAGACAAGCGGAUCGGGGAGGCAUUUCACGUGUCGAUUGCGUGGUCGUUUGCCGAGCCGACCGAAGAACUGGUGCGGGCGACCGAGCGGGUGUUUGGUAGCCAAGAGAUCAUCGACAAGAUACGGGAGAUCGAGAUUCCUGUUGAGGGCGUCAAGGUCAAGAUCGGGAACGUUGUCACUCACGUCGCCCUCGAG